GCAUCAGUCGCUCUAAGAUCACAUCUCGCGAAAAGUAAUGAUUAUUUCGGUCCUCGGGCGAUUAGUUCCGCAUACUCCCACCACGGCGCUGCGCUCCGGGAGUGGGAUGGCGAUGUAUCUACCUUGUUAUACUGAGCUGUUAAAACGUAAUAUUAGUGCAGAAAAUUGAAAAUUUUAGGCGAUAUAUUUCGAGAAGUGGUUUAUAUUAUAGUCCCAGUGUUAUAUUCCGAGCUGAAAAUGUGCGUAGUGCGGUUUCAGAGGCUGCGAAGCCGAGUUUUAUAGACAUCGCCUGAUCGUCCAUUUGACUGUGUCGUUCGUUUUUCCAGGGACCGCCGGGCGAGUUUUGUAGUUGUGGAAUAUUUGCGAAUUUAUUAUUAUAUGCUUAUGUAGUGGCUUAGGUAGUGAAUCAAUGUUCCGCCAAUUUCGGCAUAUCGCGUAGUUUGUAAUGAUGUAUCCGGACGUCGCUCGCGUAUCGACCGACAAAGACGAAUCUUGUGGACUGUCCAUAUUGCACCUAGGAGCGUGUGGUUUCUGACCAGCUUGAUAAGAUAAUCGGUGGGUCACGGCUGAGCCCGUGGAGGGCGUGAGGACAUUAGCGCUUUUGUUAUGAAUAAUUUACAAAGCAUCGACAAUAACACCCCAAUUCUGCGUAACGCACAAAAUGACAAUUCGAAAUCAGACCGCCGCGAGCGGCAAAAGGAUAGCCAUCUGAAAACUCACGAUCACUAAUGGCGCUUGGAAGACUAUUCAUCAUUCUCGUCAUAGUCGCGAUCGUGAUCGGCGAUCAACAUGAACUCGAAACAGAAAAUAAAACGAAAAAGACCAUGGCGGCGGAAAAGGAAACCAGAUCCGCUAAUCCCAAAGACCGGGGCUCUUUAAAGCAAAUCUCGAGUUUGCUAAAAAACAAUACGAAGCCGGGGCGGAAGAAAAAUAUAUUAAGACAAUUGAAUAUUAAUGACGAUAUGAUGAAUGACAACGAAGGAGUUUUAACUGUGCAUGAAAAGCCAUCGAACGAUUCGCUAGCGCGUAAGAUUGACGCACUCAGGCCUUCGGGCCCGAACUAUACUCCAGCUUCUGUAAACACUUUCACCCCACAAGUGGUAGGAGUGUAUUGUAACUUUGAGAACGCGUCGAAUGUGACGGACAUGUGUAUGUGGCAGUGGAACGCGUCUGUGUCGCGACACGGGCUGGGGUUCUCUGUGGCGACGGCUGCGGAUUUGGCGCUACUGAACAAGACCACGAGGGGGCUCAAGUUUUCGGGACCUCCGGCGGAUGCAGAUGGGAAUGUUGAUGGUCACUUCCUAUACCUCCCGGUGGACCCCACGAUGGAGAACAUGGUCAUACGGUCGCCACUCUUCCGAGGACUGUGGGAAACAUGCCAGUUCGAAGCCUGGCUCCACCAGAGUAGGAUGCAAAACGCCAGUAUACGACUGGUGUCCGAAUCAGAGUCGGGGAUUCAGUGGAUUUUGACUGAAGUCACCGGGAAUAACUAUGAAGAAUGGCGAUAUUUCAAAGUGAAAAUCGCCAAAAUCCAGCAAGAGGUGAACAUCAUGGUGGAAAUCACUCGGCCGUCGUUCGUCAGCCUGAACAGUCCCCUGCCUCACAUCGCCAUAGACAACAUCAGGAUGGUGGACUGCGUUCCUGAACCACCUAUUUAUAAUGGGCAGUGCAAGUCGCCGCAGCAUAAGUGCGAAAUCAUGGGCAAGGAAUCGUGCAUCAAGCUACAGCAGGUGUGUGACCUGGUGAAAGAUUGCGAUAGUGCCAGCGAUGAGAAUCAAAACUGCGAUAAAAUGCCGUAUGGAUCGUACUGCGACUUUGAGCUGGACUUUUGCGGUUUUGAAAAUAUACCUCAACCAAUCCUAAAAUGGGUUCGUCACAGCGGCCCGACGCCAACUGACAAGACAGGCCCGAACCACGACCAUACGUGCGGACCUCCAGAGACCCACUCCGCUAUAAAAGUUAUCCCUCCUCUCUUCCCAGCCCACAUGAACCAUACCCUCACCCACUGUGUAGGGUAUUAUUUAUUUGUGAACAUGAACGUGACUGGGCCUAAUCAGGAGAAGGCAGAUUUCGCUUCGACGGCGGUGAUGAAGACGGUGGUGUUCAAUCCGCCUCCGAGGCUGCAUGGGCGGCCGUCGUCGAGAUAUUAUAAUUGUUGUAUGAUUCGCUUCUACUAUCAACAAAAUGGCCGAAACACUGGCUCUUUGAGCGUGAACGUCGUAGAACUGUCCACUCGCGGUAACAUCUCGCAUCAAGUCUGGUUCUCGCACAGAGACAAAGGCGAGAACUGGUUACGAGCCAUCAUAUUCCUGCCUAAUAUUACUAGACGAUACUACCUCGAAUUCAAAACUCGGAGAGGAAUGAGAAUUUACUCGGACGCCGCCAUCGAUGAUUUUUCUAUGGCGCCCGAAUGUUUCGGGCUCAAUAUAGACCCCGACGAGUUAGGAGACUACAAUUAUUACGAUCCCGUGUUCGAAGAGAAGACUACGCCGCAUCAUGCCUUUGCUGAUAAAAUUUUCUACCGAUUCACAACCUGCGGUGCCACGGGCCGCUUCGGGCCCAACCAGACGAUGUGCGACGCGGCGUAUAACCAAACAGGCGUGUCUGUCACCGUCAACAGCGGCGUGCAAGUGUGGCAGGUGCCUCAUGAGGGGCUGUACACGAUAAUAGCAUUAGGUGCAAGUGGGGGUCUCGGUGGAAGUUGGGUAGGCGUAGCCCAUGGAGCGUCAGCAAGAGCUCUCUUCGAAUUACACAAAGGGGAGAAAAUUCAUAUGUUGAUGGGGCAACAAGGACACAACGCUUGUAAGAAGGUAUGUGUAUAUUUUUAUCGAUCUUCGGUGGAAGUUGGAGCCCAUGGGGCGUCAGCAAGAGCUCUCUUCAAAUUACACAAAGGGGAGAAAAUUCAUAUGUUGAUGGGGCAGCAAGGACUCAACGCUUGUAAGAAGGGUCUAUCGGCUCAAGAAACGCAAGAAUGCAACAAGCGUGCCAACGACUCUGCGAUCAUCUUCACGAGCAAGACGCACGAGGUCCGGAACACGCAUGUCCAAGAUGGCGGCGGCGGCGGCGGUGGCGCCACCUAUGUCUUCCUUAUUGACAAAGAAGGCCAAGAGUUCCCCCUGCUAGUGGCAGGCGGUGGUGGGGGCAUCUCUCUAGGCACCUUCCACGAUGACGGUUCGCAGCACGCUCGGCCUGCCACCAACGCUACUCCCGAGUCAGGUUAUAUGUACGGUCAGCCUGGACAGACUCCUGGUGCUGGCGGCGGAUGGGUAGCAGGCGCGAAACCCAUCACUCCAGGCUUCGAGUUAGUUCGAGGAGGCGCGCUAAAAGAUGGCGCUACCGGUGGCCUGGCGUGUGUUGGACAAGCUCAUGGAGGCUUCGGAGGGGGUGGGGGUGGCUGCAGGAGGGGAGGUGGCGGAGGAGGAUGGAUAGCAACAUGCAGAAUCUCUUUUAAUUUCGACCAAUUUUCAGGUGGCAACACAAACGAGGGUCAUGGGCAUCACAGCGAAGGAGGAUGGUCAUAUGUGGACACGGCACGAGCGAUUAGAGACUACAGCGAAGUUACUGUGGGGCAGAGGAGCAGUCCUGGAGAGGUGUUGAUUAUACCGGCUAUACACGACUGCGGCUGCGCGUACCGCUGUGUGGCAUUAAACGAGCAUCGGAGCGAAGUUCGCUGUUACUGCCCCUCCACCUGGACCACUGAUGCCAACGACCCCACCAAGUGUAUACUGGAAGAAUCCUGGACGAACAUGUCCAACAUGCUGGUGUGGGUGCUCGGAGUAUUCUGUUUCAUCUUCGCGCUGAUAUUCGUCAUUGGGUGUCUGUACAUGUACAACAUUUACCAGCGUCGGAAAGAGUCGGAACUCCGUCAAAAGCACCUCCUCGAACAAGAAGUCCAGUUGCACCGACUGAGGAACGCACCUGGAGGCACUGAGAAUCCUCUGAGCAUGGCUUUCAACCCUCACUAUGGAAGCGAGAACAUUUUACCUCAAGGGAUCGAUGUUAGGGGACUACCGCAAGUUUCGAGAGAAGCCUUGAAGUUGGUUAAAGCCCUUGGACAAGGCGCCUUCGGUGAGGUCUACCAGGGCCUCUACCGCCACGGGGCCAACAACCAGGAGCUCCCUGUAGCAGUAAAAACCCUCCCAGAAUUAUCCACGGGACAGGCGGAAAGCGACUUCCUCAUGGAGGCGGCUAUCAUGGCCAAGUUCAGACAUGCUAACAUUGUGCAUCUCAUUGGAGUGUGCUUCGAUAGUCAUCCCAGAUUUAUAGUCCUCGAGCUCCUCGCAGGAGGGGACCUCAAGAAUUUCCUCCGCGAGUCCCGGCCGAGGCCGGAGCGGGCGAGCGUGCUCACUAUGAAGGACCUACUCCUGUGUUCAAUAGAUGUAUGCAAGGGCUGCAAGUAUCUGGAGUCUAACCGAUUUAUACACAGGGACAUCGCAGCACGCAACUGCCUGCUUUCCUCCCGCGGGCCGGGUCGUGUCGUCAAGAUCGCAGACUUUGGCAUGGCGCGAGACAUAUACCGCGCGGACUACUACAAGAAGGGAGGGAAGGCCAUGCUGCCUAUAAAAUGGAUGCCACCGGAGGCGUAUAUAGAUGGUGUGUUCACUAUCAAGACCGAUGUCUGGUCCUUCGGAGUGCUUCUUUGGGAGGUGUUCUCGUUAGGCGUGAUGCCGUAUACGGGCUGUGCUAACAGAGAGGUCAUGGAGAUGGUCUCCAGCGGCGGCCGUCUCGAGAAGCCCUACGGUUGUCCUCAAGAAAUCUACCGGCUGAUGUGCGACUGUUGGAACCCGACGCCCACAGAACGGCCCUCGUUCGCCAACAUGCUCGUUCAGCUUGAGUGCUUCUUAAAGGACCCAGAAAUCGUGAGCGCGCCCCUCCCCGUGGUGCGAUCCCUGCUACCCCCGACCGAGGUUCAGCUCAACAAUGGCCCGCAACGCGCGCCGCCCUCGUGCGACUACCUCGAGCCCACGCCGCGCGCCGACCCGCCGCCGACCUCUAGCUCAACGGAUCAGCUGCUGCCUCAUAGCAAAUCGCCAACGGCGACGCCGGACCAUCCAGGAAUCGAGGAUUCACAAUAUCCACCUCUUCUGAAAGCAUCACAAGGAUAUGGCAACAUUCCAAUGGCGUCGCGGCGCGACAGCGGCGGCGCAAGGCGCGAGGCUGCUACUCCCGCCGCCGAGACCAACACCACCACAAAGUUUCUGCCGUCUAACUCCACUGACAGAUUAUUAAGUUCAGUGGACGGCGGUUCAGUGGACUCAGACUCGGCGUCAGAAGACGGGACCGCUGUAUGGGAAACCUCAUUCUCUGAGCGGCCCGAACGGCCUGCAGAUUCGGGGCCGGCGGUCGACAAACUAAUCAGCAUAACACCAACGUCGCCCAAGCCCCCGGAGAAUGCUCUAUCCAAAGCGAUAGACGCCAACGUCAACAUCAUGGACAAAACCAACCACAGCAAAAACAGCCUCGUGCCAGAACGAAAGACUGCCCCCAUAGCCUCCCCCGACCCACCCCGGAUCACCGCCUGGGCUAAAGAACCUCCUAAACUAAAACCCAAACCGCUCUGCUUAGACGCAGCCCAACUAGAGCAAAAUCUAAACGCAUUAAAAAAGAAUUCAGGCUCUGUAAACCUAACUACAAUGAACAUCCUUCCACCUCCAUAUUUCAACGUAGUUACCCCUAACAAGAUAUCCGAAUCUAAAACUAUACAGAUCGAUCCUAAGAAAGCUGUCAUACAGGAUCUAAAUAGUCCAAGAGAAGAGCCUAAAGAGGAGAAAACUAAGCUAAAACAGUCAAAUUCAGCAGCUAGUUUACUAAACGGUCCUAUGACGGAUGUUCCAUACGCGGACAGUGAUAAUGCGUCGUCAAGUUCUGGCAGUAACGGACAAAAUCAGAUAAAUAACCAGAAGAAUAAGAAUUACUCUGACGUCAUCGUUGGUGAGAGGAAGAUUAUUAAACAGGGUAGCAAUGGGGUCGCCGAGUCUGAGAUUAGUUGUUAAAGUGUAAGGCGUGGAGAAGCGAAGCUGAAGGUUUUUACAGUGAUUACUUAGGGUGUUUGUCUUAUGAUUUUUUUAUAGCAUUGCAGUGGUACAAUGACAUUGUUGAAUAUUUUAAAAUUGUAAAUUCACAAAACUGUAACACACAAGACAAAAGCAAUUUAGAUUUCACUAAAAAAAUCAUAAUAAGUACAAUAAAUUGAAGGCCUUUUAAUAGGCCGUUGGGUGGCUAGAAGUAUCACAAUUUUCCCCAAACAGUGGGUAAUUUAAUUAUGCCAAUAACUUUUUCACUGAAAAAUACAAGAAUGCAGUCAACAGUUUCAUUGCCACCACUGUCUCUCAACGAAAAAUAACUUCGUCGGUUGAUAUUUUAAACAAAACUCACCAAGUUUCAAAAACCCGUACAAUAACUAAAAUGCUAACAACUAACUGCUAAUAUUUGCUCAUAAUUUUUGGUUGACAAUAAUUUAUUUCUGGCAGAUAGCUAUCUACAAAGAUUUGACUGAAAUCAGUGUGUGAUACCUGGCAUCAGUUUCGCUUCUACAUGCGUCUUGUAGUGGAAUUAUACGCCAUUGGUUGUGCGGAGUGAUGCGGCGUUGCCGUGACAGACUUUAAAAUGCUUUAGACUUUAAAAAACUAUAGAUAUAACUAAAUAAGUCAUUAAUCUAAGUUGUAAAUAUAAAAACUUUUACAUCUAAAUUAAGAUUAAUAUAGUUCGAGAUUAAGGAUUAUUUCGAAAAUGUAUUUUUGUCGAUGUGUACAAAUUUGUUUUGUAAUAAAUGUAUUUCUUUGACAAUUGUAAUGGCUUCCUGGAUCGCUUAUAGAUGAAUAGUUUAUUGUUGCUCAAGUUGCUCAAUAUUUUGCCGGUUGUAGGCCAAAUAUAAUAUAAAAUGUUAGGUUUUCUACGUAGGUAGCUAUCCAAGAUAUGUUAAAAUGGAAUUUUGUACUGAAAAAUUGUUUUUACAUAGUUGUUGCUUGGUAGCAUUUUUUUCCAUGAGAGUUGUAUUGUAUUAAUGUAUUUACAUAUAUUUGUAUUUUAUAUUGAGUUGAAGCUUUCGUAGUUAUUUGCUUGUAGGUACAGUCACCAGCAAUAAUAUGUUACGCAACGAAGGCCGCAAAAAUAUGUGACACGAUCUUAUUUCUAGAGUCGUAAGAGCGUGUCACAUAUUUUUGCGGCCCUCGAAGAGUAACAUAUUAUGGCAGGUGACUGUACAAUGAACCAGUACUUUUUAGGUGGCGUGGUUGCACAGAGCGGGAUAACGAAAAAUAGUAUGAGCAACGCUAACUAGCGCGGACGCGUGCUGCAGGCGGGGCUCAGUCCGCGAUUUCGUCGCGUCGCUACAAGUACAUGCGGCCCACACCAAUUUUGGUGUCUAGCCAUAGUUGUUGCCGCGCAUCGCUACGGAACCGGACGCCUGCUCGCGCUUGCGCCACCUAGCGAUCAUAUCUGUCGUAAUCGUAAUAGACGCGUUUUGUUAGAGACCUUCUGUACCUAGUACUAUUAUUUACUCUGUGGCAUGCGAUGGAUUUUACCUACAAUAGCACGUGCACGUGCGCGCGUCCGCUCCAUGCACCCGCCCACGCUAAUAAUAGCGGACGCCCUAUAGUUCGUUUUUUUUAGCAUUAGAAAGAACUUUUAAGAAGGUAAGCGAUCUUGACAUGUCUUUUAAUUGAAAAACGCUUUAUAAUAAUCAAUAACUAUUACUUAUGAAAGCAGAAGAAUAUAAAUAUGGUACCUAUUACAUUCAUAAUUGUUACAUAUUUGCCGUAACUUAUUUUUAAAAUGUGUUUUUCAAUUAAAAGACACAUCAAUUGUUUACCUUAUUUCUAAUGCUAAAAAAAACUAACUAUAGAGCUGAAAUUUGCGUGAUGUUAUAAAACUUAUAAAGAUAUCUACAAAUAUUUUAAUAGUUACGUUAUUAAAAUAAAAUCUUAAUAAGUUUCGCGGAAACGUAAAACAUAUUUCGGAAAUCAAACGCACAUUGCACUUAAUAAUAAAAUAGUUAGAAUAUUUUGAAAUAUAAAUAAGAUCAUCGAAAUCUUUCUCUUAUCAGUUUCAAGUAGAUUCGCGAUAUUUUUCAGACCGUGCUAAAUAAAUAAAAUAAUAGACUAAUUAGUUAUGAAUAAAGAAACGAAAAUAUUAAAAUUUAUUAAAAAAAUAUAUAUUUAUGUUGACUGGAAAUAGAAACUUAAGAAAGUUUACUAUUAAAUAUACCUAUUAUUUUAUUUAUUUCACUCACACUCUUAAUUUGAAGGAAAACCAUGAAGGGUGCAUUAAAUAGUUGGAAGUAACCUUAUUAAAUUAUGAAACUGUAGUUUCCAAUAGGUAAACACAGUAAUAAAAAUAAAAAACUACAAAUUCACACAAACUUCUUUUUUACUUCUCUACAAAAUGAAACCUAAAUUCAAUUCUAUUAAACAAUUCACUUAAUCAUUUUGUUCAGAAUAAUAAAAGUGAAGAAACAUAUUAUUAAAAACAUGAUAUAUUAUCCUUUAAUGUCAAAAACUUUUUGUUACUUUUCUAUCUGUGACUAAAAUAAAAAACAGUAAUAUUAUUAAAGUAAUUUUUUGGCAUGUUCAGUUUAAAAAAACUGUUCUUCCCUAUGACUUGUUGAAAUACCCACAAAAUAUAGAUUUGAAGAAAUGUUAACAAACAAGCAUUAUAAUUCUAGAACAAUGAGUAUAAAAAUGUAGUAAUGCUUAAAAUGUUUGUAAAUAAUAUAAAAAGUAGACAUUUAUUACAUAAAUUCCGACCUUAUACAUAUAUUCAUAUAAUUAUAAAAAACCGUUAUAAUUAAUGUAGAAUAACGCAUAUGUUUUUGUUGUAAUAGUUUUAAUUCCGUUAAGAAUGGGUGUAUGCUAUAUAUAUAAUAUAUACAAAUAUAUUUAAAAAAAAAACCACCCGACAUGUUAGGAAUAGGUCACAUGACAAAAAAUGAAUGUUGUUUCAUUAGAAAACAAUAUAGGAUUAUAUCUAUUUAUAUGGAAUAUAAACGUGUGUAAAUUUUAAGAGAAUGCUUUAAUUAAACUAAGAAAUAGUGUAAGAUAUAGCAAAAAUUGAUUUUUAAUCGUUGUUUUUAAUCAGAGUAGUGCCAAUUUUGAUAGUUUACUGCCUUUCAUUUUGCAUUUAGGAUAUUGUUUGUAUUAUUGAGGCAUGAAAUGACAGGGUAUCAUGGUACGAUUCGUUCUCUUUAAAUUUAGUUUCUCGUUUUCUGUCGAGGAUCUUGGUCGUUUCGCCCUGAAGCCUCAUGAGAUAACGGCGUUGUUUUGAGCCGUUCUGAACGAAUUUUGUGCAAGUGUUUGUUAAGACAAUGUUCCCUGAAUCAUUUUUGAAACAACGACUGCCGUGACAGUAUCGUUUGCGAUAAUCCUGCUGGACUCCCGUUUUAUAUUUCUUCAUAGGGUUAAGUAAUUAUGGUUCUAAAAACUAUGGAGUCGAUUGUAAAAAGUGCAGAAAUACUUCAGGGAGCAUGUGUAUAUAGGAAUAUUUGUAAAGGCCUCGGGCUUAACGUAACAUAGUUUCGAUGGUUUUUGACAUGAGUACGAAUGGUAAUUAAUGUAAAACUUUUCAUAUGAAAACGUAUGGAUCCCGGAUUAACUGUUACUAAAAAUAAAAACACUUUCGUUUGACGAAUAACGUUUUACUGUCACUUCUGUACGUUGCUCAAUUUAGAAUUAUUCUUUUUGAAUUAGAAAAAAACUUUCUAAAGAUUAUAAUUUUAACAAAAGUUUAAAUGUGGUUGUGAAGUAUGUAUAGUGACGGAAAACAUCCUAAUAAGUUCCUUCGACUUGAAGCGAGUGACUCUGAAAUGUUAUUCUUCCGUAUCAUUUCUUUUGAACAAAAUGACAGUAGCUCGUGUCAUUUCUCGUGAACGAAAUGAUAGUUAUACUGUUUUGAACAACGAAGUUGCAAAUUGUCCUGAGCAUAUUUUAACGUUUUAUUUUUGAGACAGAAUCCACUUGUUGGAUAUGCGAUGAUCGUUUUAAGAUAUAUAAAUAUGCUAAAUAGAUAGCACUUAUGUCUACUUGUGAAAAUAUGGAUGACACAAUGAAUACAAGUUGCAUGUAAAUUUAUAAAAUACAAAACAAAAGUGUAAUUGAUAUUCAAAGAUAAAAUCAUUAAUAAUAAAUGUA